AUAAAUAGGUGAGCACUGGCCUUAAAUCUGAUAACUGUAAAUUUUUCAAACAAGGAAGGAAAAAUGUCCAAUGCAACCUCUGUAUCCGAUUUUCUGCUCUGGAAAUUCUCAGAGGUUUGGGAGCUGCAGUUUCUACACUUUAUAAUUUUUCUGAUGCUGUACUUGGCAACUGUGACAGGGAAUCUCCUUGUCAUUUCUUCAGUCACCUUAGACCACCACCUGCACACCCCCAUGUACUUCUUCCUGAUGAACUUGGCUAUGCAGGACCUUGGCCAAGUUUCAGUCAUUGUCCCCAAAUCCAUGAUGAAUUCCCUCCUGAAUACCAGACACAUUUCUUAUUCAGAGUGUGUUGCUCAAGUCUUCUUCUUUGUCUUCUUCAUGGCAUCUGAUUUCUGCCUCCUCACAGUCAUGGCAUAUGAUCGGUAUGUGGCUAUUUGCAAUCCAUUACGUUAUGAGAUGGUAAUAAACAAGCAGGCCUGCCUUGAAAUGAUUGGCGGUAUAUGGGUUGUAGGUUUUCUCUAUGCUGGGAUGCACACCAGUGGGACUUUUUCUACCCAUUUCUGCUCUAAUGUCAUCAAUCAAUUCUUUUGUGAUAUCCCACAGCUAAUAAAAUUGUCAUGUUCUGGCUUAAAUCUAAUAGAAAUGACUAGUAUUGGGAUUGGCAUUUUCCUUGCACUAGGCUGUUUUAUCUAUAUCCUUGUAACUUAUGUGCAAAUUUUCACCACUGUUUUAAGAGUGCCUUCUGCAAAGGGGAAGCAAAAGGCUUUCUCCACUUGCAUUCCCCACCUUAUUGUCUCCUCCACAUUUUUGUCCUCUGCAUGCUUUGCCUAUCUGAAGCCUGCCUCUCACACCACAUCACAGGUAGAUUUGAUAUUUGGUGUAAUCUAUUCCUUGGUUCCACCCCUAUUGAAUCCAGUGAUUUACAGUAUAAGAAACAAGGAAGUCAAAAAAGCAAUGGCAAAAGUUUUAGGUUUCAGGGAGUUUUCUACAAACACAUAA